AUUUACAAUAUUCAAAUGGAAAAAAUUUAAGUUGAAACUCAAACCAUGGAAUUUUUUGGCCAAAUUGAGGUCAAAACCCGCGGGCAAUAUUAUAUUGCUGCGUCUCCAGUUCUGUUCUUUCCAUUCCUCUUUCCUGGGUUGCUCUCCUUAAUCCAAUUUUAAUUGGUCCCAAACUUCAAGAUUUUACUUUUCAAGCACACCCAAGAUUCAGCAGCAAAAACCCAACAAAAAAAGUGCAUCCAGCUACUGGAACAUGAAGUUCCUGCUUCCUUGCACAGAUUGCUUCUCCUCCUCACCUCCAAAGGCCAUUGAAAGAAGUAUGCAAGGUGGUCAAAAUCCAGAAAACUUCAGAAUUUUCUCUUGCAAGGAGUUGAAGUCUGCCACCAAUGGCUUCCAUUCCUCUAACAAGCUUGGAGAAGGCGGAUUUGGCUCUGUUUAUAAGGGUCAGCUUAGAGAUGGGAGCCUUGUGGCUGUGAAAGUUCUUUCCGUUGAACUCGAAUCGAUGAGAGGAGAGAGGGAGUUCAUAGCAGAAUUGGCUGCUCUGUCUGUAAUCAGACAUGAGAAUCUUGUUAGGCUUCAUGGUUGUUGUGUUGAUGGAGCUGCAAGAUAUCUGGUCUAUGAUUACAUGGAAAACAAUAGCCUCACACACACAUUACUUGGUGGAGAGAAAAACCGGAUGAGGUUUAGUUGGGAGGCAAGACGGGGUAUUUCGAUAGGAGUAGCUCGAGGACUUGCCUAUCUACACGACGAGGUUGAUCCUCACAUUCUGCAUAGGGACAUUAAAUCCAGCAACAUUCUUCUUGAUAAGAAUUUCAUACCGAAAGUAGGCGAUUUUGGGUUAUCGAAGUUAUUAAGGGACAACCAUUCUCACGUUAGCACUCGUGUAGCGGGGACAAUGGGUUAUCUUGCUCCAGAAUAUGCAAUUAGCGGGCGUUUGACGCGAAAAUCAGAUGUCUAUAGCUUCGGAGUGCUGUUGUUGGAAAUUGUCAGCGGCCAAGCAGUUGUGGAUUUUGACAUGCAACUUGGGGAGCAGUACCUGGUUCAGAAGGUAUGGGAAGCACACAUGGCCGGAACCCUUGUACAACUAGUUGAUCCUACGCUUCAGAUGAACUUUCCUUCGGACGAAGCCAUCAGAUUCUUGAAGGUAGGCCUACUUUGUGUGCAAGAAAGGGCCAACCACCGGCCGCGAAUGUCAAAGGUGGUUGAGAUGUUGUCCGGCGAGGAAGACAUCAAGGACUCUCAUAUUUUGCAACCCGGGCUUGUUUCGGAUUUCAUGGAUAUCAAAACGAGGCAAGAGAACUCAUAUGAUCGUAGCACUUUCUCCAAGGCCUCUACAUCUAGCAGCACACAAAAUCAGUAUAAAUCUGAGGAUUAUGUGUUGUCCUUGUAACCAUUCUGCAAAGCUUAUUUUUUCUCAACUUGUUGAUAGCACUUUUGCAAAGUACGUGUACAAAGUUACCUCCCAGUAAAUUAAUGCGAAAACCAGCAUGUAUGUUGAGCUUUUCUCGA